CUGGUAUUGUCAGCUGACACUUGUCCACCACCUCCUCUCCUCCCGCCUCCACUGCAGAGUGCUUGACUGGCUGUCUGUCUGUCUGACCGAGUGAGUGCCACCUGCCCCCGCAAAACCAAUCCACCGCAGCCCGGGGCUCGCUCAAACCCCGGUUGAGGAUAUACGCGCUCCCGCGUGGGGGUUUCUCGCAUGACUGCAGCAGCAGCAGCAGCAGCAGCAUGGCGGCGGAAAUCGAACCGCGACCGCAGGUUCGGAAGCCAUGUUUGCUGAGCAAAAUCGACGGCUUUCAGGACGUGGUGAGCGCCGCGGUCAUCAUCCCCAAAGAGGAUGGGGUCAUCAGCUUGUCUGAGGACAGGACAAUUAGGGUGUGGAUGAAGCGCGACAGCGGCCAGUAUUGGCCGAGCAUCUACCACACUAUGCCAUCCUCGUGCUCCUGCAUGACCUUCAACCCAGAGACUAGGCGUCUGUUGGUGGGCAUGGACACCGGAAGUGUUUGCGAGUUCAUCUUGUCGGAGGAUUACAAUAAGAUUACUCCCGCGCGCACCUACCAGGCACACCAGGGAAAAGUGACGGUGGUGUUGUAUGUUCUGGAGAUGGAGUGGCUACUGAGCACGGGUCAGGACAAAACCUUCACCUGGCACUGCUCAGAAAGCGGACAGCAGCUGGGAAUGUACCACACAUCUGCAUGGGUGUCUGGACUGCAAUUUGACGUUGAGACUCGACACGCUUUUGUUGGCGACCAGUCAGGUCAAGUGACCAUUCUGAAGGUGGAGCAGGACAGCUGUAGCUUAGUGACCACAUUCAAGGGACACACUGGUAGCGUGACUGUGUUGUGCUGGGACCCGGUCCAGAGGGUUCUGUUCUCAGGCAGCUCGGAUCACUCUAUCAUCAUGUGGGACAUCGGCGGGCGCAAAGGCACUGCCAUCGAAUUGCAAGGACACAAUGACAAGGUGCAAGGCUUAUGUUACGCCUCGCACACGCGCCAGCUCAUCUCGUGUAGCUCCGAUGGCGGCAUCGUCAUCUGGAACAUGGACGUGACGCGACAAGAAACUCCUGAGUGGCUCGACAGCGAUUCGUGUCAAAAAUGUGAACAGCCUUUUUUCUGGAACUUCAAGCAAAUGUGGGACAGCAAGAAAAUUGGCUUACGACAGCAUCACUGCAGGAAGUGCGGCCAGGCUCUGUGCGGAAAGUGCUCGUCCAAGCGCUCCACCAUCCCGCUAAUGGGCUUUGAGUUCGAAGUGCGCGUAUGCGACGGCUGCCACGCUUCCAUUACGGACGAAGAUCGUGCCCCCACGGCUACCUUCCAUGACAGCAAGCACGCCAUUGUGUACUUGCAUUACGAGCCUACCACCGGGUGCCUGCUCACUUCUGGCACUGACAAAGUGGUCAAGCUUUGGGACAUGACGCCUGUGGUUUCAUGAUGACGCUGCAAAAGUUCUGCACACCAACUGCAGGAUUGCAUCCAUGAGCCUAAAGCAGGAUGAAAAGGGAAGCGGAGGCCAUUUUGGAUGGUGGCCGCUCACUUGUGCGAGUCUGUUAACUCUACACUAGAGGUCUGUACACUUUGUGAUUAUUUAUUAUUCAACUGUGUGUCAAUGUAUUAACAUAAAACACACACUUGAAUCAUCAUCAGCUGUGAUCUGAUGUCAAUGUUACUGUUUGAUUUGUAAAAACUGUAUGUUAAAGCAGGGGUUCCCAACCUAUUCCACUAAGGCACACUGUGGGUGCAGGAUUUCAUUCUUACCAAACAAGAUGACAACACUUUUUCCCCAAUCUGGUGUUUUACAAGUGCAAUCAGUUGAUUGCAGUCAGGUGUGGCUUGUUUUAGCAGAAGCCUCAUUGGUUCAACUGUCUCUGCUGGAUCGGCUGGAACAAAAACCAGGACCCACAGUGUGCCUUGAGGACUGGGUUGAAAACCCCUGUGUUAAAGCACUGGAAUACUAUCCAAAGAUGGGGAAAAUAUAAUAUGCAACAUUGUUCUUUGAUAUUUUUCAUUUGAUAGCUUUUCAACUCAAAAGUCUUAAUGAUAUGACACACCAGGAACAUUUAGUAUCCAUUACAAUAAGCACCCAAGUGCCAGCAAUUUUCAUUUUUUAUUGUUUUAAAGGUUUGAGUAGUUUCAACAACCCACCGUAAAGGUUCCUGGACCUCUCAAAACCUCUUACCAACCUGCCCUGCUGAUACUACUGAAAUAAAGAAGCCGUGUGAAAAAAGAAAACUGCUUACAAGCAAUGGAAAUAUAUUAAUAAAUAAAAUUAAAGUGAUCUCAAGAAAUUGAAACAGUAGGGCAUCAAAAAGAAGGGAAAUGAUGUGUUGAUUGGUUGAAAUAUGCUUCAAUCAUUAAUUAUAUCUACUCAGUCUUAAUAUGUGAAUGUAAUAUUUGAUUAACUUGCGUUAUGAUUUCAGAAGAGGUUGACUCAAAAUGUAUAAAAAUAUAACAUUUGUAUGUGAAGGUUAAUGAUUAUUUUGUGAACAUGUUGUGUUUAAUGAACUGUGAUGAUAUUGAACAAUAUGCAUUAAAGGAGCACAAAAAGGCCCUCCACCAGAACAAAAACCA